AUUAGGAAAAUGAGAUUUUUCUUUUUUUCGUUCUUUCUUUCUAAUUAUUUUGAGAGAUUAGGUAAAUGAGAUUUUACAUCAGUCCAAGUAAGGAAAUAAGUAGAAAAUAUUUAUAGAAUGAAAUAAGAUGAUUACAUGUUUGUUCUGCAUCUGUCUUUAUCAAGUGCAGCUAGCUUGUUUUUGAUGAUGUUCAAGACUACAUUCUUAUAAAAUGCUCUGAUCAUGCAUAUAUGUUUCUCAAUUUUGUUCCUAUUUAUGUGGAUUGCCAAAGAAACUGACUAUGAAGUAUAAAGAUACACCUCAUCAGAGAAGCAAAAUGGAAAAAGAAAAGGUAAUGAGUGAUCAUCAAAUUCAACAUUCUGAUAUCUGGAUUUAUUUCAGGCAUACUGGCGUAUGGUGUUCCAAGAAGCAACUUGAAGCUUUUCUCUUUGAUGCAAAAGAGUGCUUGUUGUCUACAUUGGUCUUUUCACUUAAUUUUCCUGCCUUUUGCUUUGGCGUUCUUGGAUCUUAUAAAAAAAUGAGUGGCUAUCAGUUCCCUAAUUUGGAGAUUGGGAUCAAAAGCAUGAUGUGUUGGAUUAUUCCAUGGACUUUUCAUAUAACACCAAGGCAUUAAGUGCUUUUUAUGGUG